UGCUCUUGCUCUGUCGAAUUUCGAGACUGAUAAAAAUGGCUGCGUUGGUCCAGGGUGUUCGUGGUGCUCUUGCAAUUAGUUCGUGCCUCCUGCGGGCCACCCUCCCGAGGGCUACCAUCGUCGGUCUGCAGCAGAAGGGUAUCCACACGAAUCUCUGUGGUGUCACACCUUCUGCGGCUCUCCUCAGAUCCAGAAAUGAGGUCACAAGGUUGAGUCUGACAAGACAGUCCAUCCGCCUAUACAGCGACAAAGCACCCCUCAGUCUUGAAUUGAUUCGCGACAGAGUUCUCCUUGUACUCAAAUUGUACGAUAAGAUUCAGCCAGAAAAGCUCACACUGGAAACACAUUUUCUUAAUGACCUCGGUUUGGACUCCUUAGACCAUGUCGAAAUCAUUAUGGCCAUGGAGGAUGAAUUUGGGUUCGAGAUCCCUGAUGGCGACGCAGAGCGACUCUUGAGGCCUGCAGACAUUGUCCGAUACGUGGCCGACAAAGAGGACAUUUACGAAUGAACCUAUUCUGUCUGAGACCAAGGAUUGCAUUAUGGAAAUAGCCUGCCAGCUAAACACAAGGAAUGGGGAUUUGUCGCAAGAAGAAAUAAAAACAAACAAUGCUGACAGGCGGUUUUCGUUUGCCCUUACACUAGUAGUAGGCUGUAAUGUAUGUAUCAUACAAGACAAUGAUCCACUGUUGUAAAAAAUUAUACGCCAAUUAAAGAAAAAAACAUAAUUUUUGGGAAUUUCAAUGCACUGCGCGGAAUCAGACAUUUGUUAUUAUUCGGUCAUAACAUUAUCAGCUGUUGGCAUAUUAACGGUUCGAGUUUCAUGCGUUGGGCAGAAGAGCGUCAAUAAAUAAAAUGUUACAUUGAUCACUUUGAA